AGCUUCGCUGUUACCAUACUUCGCUACAAUGCAAUUUCAUUCACAGAGCGGGCGAAUUAUUCAUUGAAAUGUCGAUGUUAUUUACUUAUAGCAGUGUAGCCGUGAAUGCGCAUCUUUCAACGUGUUAGUGCGAUUCCCAAAUAAAAAAAAAAAACCGUGAAGUGCUUCACAAGCAGACCAGGGGAAUUAUUUACCGCGUUUCCAGUUUCCUUCAAACGUGAAUGUGGAAGUGGGACUUCCAUCGUUAUUGUUUUGAAGACAAAAGAACAGACUGCAGAUGCGUGUGGUGUAGACAGGAGAACUAUACAGCGAAUUAUAAAUGAAAGUGUCAGAGCAGUAGGAGCUGUCAGAAGUUGGUUUCGUGUCGCCUGAAGAGCGUCUAAAUCGCAAGAAACUUUUAAGGCGUCUUCGAAAUGUGUGUGAAAGGUACGCAGUCAUCGAGCAGCGCCACUGACAAGCACGUACCCUGGUGGCGCCGGAGGGAUGCCCUGGUCCUCGCGGCCUGCCUUACCACCCUGGCGAUAGUCAUUCUCAUCGUCAUCAUCACGCUCACCACUGCCCAGGCAUCUGACGCCGCCAGCGAGCACAACCACACGGAAAAUUCAACGGAGGUAUCUGUCGAUGCAGAGUUUAUUCUGCCGGAUGGGCGACCAAUUAUACGCAGGUCGGAGUGGAGUUCCGUGCCGCCAGAUUUUCGGAGAACGCUGAGACACCCCACGCCGUAUGUGAUCAUCGGGCACACCGCGGAUAAGGUUUGUAGGGGCAAAGACGAGUGCUUCGUCCUGUUGCGCAUCUACCGCGAUGAACACCGUGCAAAGUGGUUGCAGCCGGACAUCUCGUACAACUUUCUCAUAGACGUGGAGGGCAACGUCUAUGAGGGCCGUGGCUGGGACUCCACCAAUAACUACCAAUCCUGGGCGAAGCGUUGCAACCUUGGUGUGACUCUGAUGGGUGACUUUAGGACGGACAACGUCACGACAACGAUGAUGCAGACGCUACUACAGCUGCUGGACCUGGGACUGAGCUUGGGCAAACUGGACCCGAACUACCGGUUGGUGGCGCAAAGCCAGGUGCACGCUUCACUUAGCCCCGGAAAUAACGUACUAAAAGUCAUCGAUACGUGGCCACAUCGGUGUCUUUAUGAUUGCAACGUGGGUGUCCAGUGUAUCUACGAAGAUAACGACGAAAUUGACGCGUAAACUUUCAGCAGAUCUGGAGCGCAUCGUUCUUAAACGAUAUUGUUAACCCUUUAGUUUUUUAGGCACUAGGCCAUACGACGAACCAACGUCAGGCUGACUUCGCUACAAGAACCGUCAUAUGACGGACCAGUGGAAGUUGCCCUCACUGCAAGUGAAACAAAUAUUUUAGGCUAUUCAGUGUUUAUGAAGAGGCACUUAUUAAAUGUAACCCAGCCUGUCAAA